AUGUCGCAGCGCGAAUCUGUAGGCUCUGGAUCUGGUCGGGACGUCACUCCAACGCCCGAUGACAACAAGUCUACCAAGGGACAUGACGAAAAAUCUACUGUUGGGCAGGAGGCGUCGGUGACACCGCCAGCUUCGGGUUCCCAGGAGAGGCCGUAUAGCGUCUUCACGGCCAGAGAAAAGUGGUUCUUAGUGGCGUUGUGUGGUCUUGCUGCCAUGUAUAGUCCUCUCACCGCGAAUAUAUAUUUCCCAGCUAUUCCCACUAUCGCCGAUGCAUUCCACAAAAGUGUCGAAUUGAUUAAUCUUUCCGUGACUGUGUAUAUGGUUGUUCAAGCUAUUGCGCCGAUGGUUUGGGGCACACUAGGAGACUAUUGGGGGCGCAGACCAUUGUUCCUUCUCUGCAUGCUGAUCCUCGCCCUGUCAUCCAUGGGGUUGGCUUUGACGCCUACUUCGGCAUAUUGGCUUCUCAUGCUGCUGCGUGCGGUACAAGCAGGGGGCUCUGCGAGUACAGUGUCUCUCAGUGUCGGCGUGAUCGCAGAUAUUGCGAAUCCUGGCGAGCGGGGAAUGUUCGUCGGUGUUAUGACGCUCGGUGGUGUGCUGGGUCCGUGUAUAGGGCCAGUAAUCGGUGGCGGACUCUCGCAAGGGCUGGGAUGGAGGUCGAUCUUCUGGUUUAUUUGUAUCGCUGCUGCCUUAUCCUUCGUGUGGAUGCUUUGCGUUCUUCCUGAAACGCUUCGCUCCAUCGUCGGAGAUGGCAGUAUUCGGCCACCCCCCCUCAACAUGCCUCUCAUCCCCAUUAUCGGCCGCAAAUCACGCUCAGCCGUCUUACCCGACGCCGCAACGAAGCCUCCUCCUAAACCCUUCUCAAACCCACUCCGCCUCUUUUUGAAUCCCGAUAUCGUCGUUCUACUCCUGUUUAACGGCAUCCUUUACGCAGCUUUCUACUCCGUCACCGCCACUCUUUCCACUCUUUUCUCGGAAGCAUAUCCUUUCCUCUCCGAAACAGACCUCGGGCUGGCUUUUCUUGCCAUCAGCGGUGGAAUGCUCAUCAGCUCGGUGUCCGUGGGGAAAUGGCUCGAUAGGGAUUAUGCGAUGUUUAAAGCGAAGAUGGCGGCGAAGGCGAAGGCCGAUAAGGAGAACGGUAUAGAUGACGGCGCAGAGGAUGCUGCGGGGAGGGAUAAAGAUGGGAAUAUUGAUCCGAAGUUCCCGAUUGAGAGGGCGAGGUUGAGGACGAUGCCGAUUUCGCUUGGGAUUUAUAUCGCGUGUUUAGCGGGAUACGGGUGGUGUUUGCAGGCGAAGGUGAAUAUUGCGGGACCUUUGGUGCUGCAAAUCAUCAUUGGUUAUACUUCCAACGCAGUCAUGAACACGAUUUCCAUAUUGCUCGUCGACCUCUUCCCCAAGCAAGGGGGAACUAUCACUGGUUGUAACAACCUCGUCCGAUGCGGUCUCGGUGCAGCCCUUGUGUCCGUCAUCGAUCUAAUCCUCGAAGCACUAGAGCCGGGCUGGACAUACGUCGUAAUGGCAGCGAUGUGUGUCGCCGUUAGCCCACUCCUGUUUGUGGCGAUACACUUUGGGCCGAGAUGGAGGGAAGAGAGGAGACGGAGAGUGAGUGGUCAAACUUAG